GCCCCUUCCUGAGCUGUCACCCUCCCUUGGCUUCAGCCAUUACCAUCCUUCGGCUUGAGCCAUUGACACUUCUUGGCUCCAGCCAUCGACACCCUUUAGUUCUAGCUGUCAACACCCCUUGGCUCCAGCGGCCAUGUCCACUCCUUCUCCCUUCGGGCCCGACGCACAGAGGCGCAGGCAGUCCCUUGCGUACGCCCGCCCUAACGUCGUCUUCGGGAGCCCCAACCCCUUCGUACCGCCUACGGGGUACAGUCCAGUCGCACGUCCCGUUGCUCAACAGUCGCCUCAGGCACGCCCGCCGAAUGCGGCGAAUUCUGAGAAGUUCAACCUCGACGCCGAUCCCCUGCUAUGGGGCGCCGACAACAUCAUGCGCGGGCACCGCGAGGCGGACGACAGCAUCCACAACCCUGACCCGCGCCGCGACAAGGUGAUCGACCGCGGUUCGUCCAUCUUUACCGGCCGGGGCUUUAUGAACCUCGGGUUCCUGGUGCUUCUGCUCCUAGGGAUGUUUGCUCUUUUUGCCGGCUACCCCGUGGCCUCCUACUUUACCAAGCAAUCCCUUUCCAGCAACGGAGGCUUCGGCCUCGGUGGAAUCAACGGCACCGGCCAGGUCCCUGCCAUGGACGGCAAGUGGGGCAUGAUCGACCCCGACACGCCCGCGGAGUUCAAGACGAAGAAGUCGUUCAUGAGCAACAAGAACCUUCAGCUGGUCUUCUCUGACGAGUUCAAUGUGGACAAUCGGACAUUCUACCCUGGCGACGACCCGUACUGGGAGGCCUACGACCUCCAUUACUGGGGCACGAACAACCUGGAGUGGUACGACCCGCAGCAGAUCACCACCAGGGAUGGCGCGCUGCGUAUAACGCUCGAGAAGAAGACGAACCACGACCUCGAGUACUCGGGUGGUAUGAUGACGACGUGGAAUAAGUUCUGCUUCACGGGCGGUCUAUACGAGGCGUCCGUCACGCUCCCCGGCGCGAACAACAUCCUCGGUCUCUGGCCCGCUGUCUGGGCAAUGGGCAACCUAGGUCGCGCUGCCUACGGUGCCUCGCUCGAUGGAACAUGGCCGUAUACAUACGACUCCUGCGACGUCGGCACAGUCAUGAACCAGACGGUCAAGGGUCAGCCCCACGCAGCUACCGUCGACGGCGACAAGUCGUAUAACAACGUUCUUUCCUACAUGCCCGGCCAGCGCCUCUCGCGCUGCACCUGCCCCGGCGAGGCUCACCCGGGCCCCAUCCACUCGUCGGACAACACCUUCGUCGGGCGCGCAGCACCCGAGAUCGACAUGUUCGAAGCGCAGGUCGACACGGAGACGGGCGGGCACGUCUCCCAGUCGGGGCAGUGGGCGCCGUUUAAUCAUGCCUACGAGUGGUUCGACACGGCAGAUAACUUAAUCAUCUAUAACUCUAGCAUCUCGUCCGAAAACUCGUACAAGGGCGGCGUGUACCAACAGGCGACCUCGGUCGUCUCAAAGACCGAUCAGGCCUGCUACGAACUUGAGGAAGCGUGCUUCUCGCUGUACGGCUUUGAGUACAAGCCUGGCUUCGAUGAUGCGUACAUCACAUGGAUCAGCGCUGGCGCGCCGUCAUGGACCAUCAAGUCAGCCGGCAUGGCUGCCGACUCUAAGGUCGAAAUUGGCGCUCGUCCUAUCCCACAGGAGCCGAUGUAUCUCAUCGUCAACCUGGGUAUCAGUCCGAACUUCGGGUAUAUUGACUUCGACCAUCUCACCUUCCCGACGACCAUGUCGAUCGACUACAUUCGCGUCUACCAGGAUCCCGACAACAUCAACUACGGCUGCGACCCAGAUGACUUCCCGACGGCGGCUUACAUCAAACAGUUUGAGGAGGCGUAUACUAACCCCAACUUGACGACUUGGGUCGACGACUACAAGCAGCAGUGGCCGAAGAACAGCUUCUUGGGAGAGUGCUAGAUUGUGAUUCGUGCGUAAGCCUGGCGCGAACGCACCUGCAAAGGUCUGCGUGUGUGUUGGCAAGGCACGCGGGGCUGAACUCAUUCUCAUACCCGGACAUUACAUAGACUAUACCUCUUGUUGGUAUCCUGAAGUGGAAUGUUGAUGCAUAGAGCUUCUAUUGUGAGUGCAGUAGAUCAGUGUUAGUUUGACUACACGUGGUCUCGUACCGACGCUCGCCACAUGCACCUUACGCCUCCGUCGGUUUAGCAUUCUCCCAAAAAGCGGUUCUUCGGCCAAGGCUGCUUAUAGUCGUCUUUCCAGGUUGUUAGGUUAGG